UUCACCUGCCCUAGUUUUCUGCCUGCUCUUUGGCGGAGGAGGAAAAAAGUUUGGCUUUCGGCUUCAACUUUUUAGUCAGCUCCGAGGAGGCUAUCGAAGUGGGCAAAGCGGCCGUUUGGGGACUUCGUUAAGCCCCCCAAAGGAUCGAGGAAUUUAUUUCAAUGCAGUAUUGCGCUUAUUGCAACAGCUGGAGGCAAUGCACCGAUUGCAUCAACUGCAUUCUCUGCAUGCCUUGCUGCUGUUGCAGUAGUUGUAAGCAUGGCAGCCAGCAGUGAUUGCAUUAGCCGGGGGCAGUGCAUGCUUUGCAUUAGCUGUAUUCCCAUGUAUUGCACUGCUUGGACAACUUGCUCGCUUUGCAACCACUAGUUGCAUUUGUCGUAUGCCUCGCACCAGCUGCAUUCAGUGCACCAGUUGCGUGCCCUGGCCCGGCUGCAUUAAUCUCUGCAGUUGGGUUAAUUGCACGGGGGCAGCAUGACUGCCAAGCAGCGCAAAGCAGGCAGAGGACGGACUGAGAACAAUGCUGGGGCUCUCGUUGCUCCGGGCCGGAUGGAAGAGAGGGCGGCCGGGGGUCCCAGACACAGGGAAGCCUGGGCUUGGAGGUGCCGAGCCGUGCUGGGGCUGCUGCUGCUCGGAGUGGCCGCCGCCGGGGUGGCCGUCCUGGGCUGGCUGCUUGUGCACCAGCUGGAGACGCUGGAGCAGCUGCGAGAGACCGUGGAGAAGCUGCGGGGCCGCCUGGAGGAGCUGGAGGUGCUGAAGGAGCAAGUGCAGAGGACGAGAGAGCAGCUGUCUGUCACAGCGGAGCUGGAGCGGCGACUCUCUGACCUGGAGCUGGCCCAGAUGCUGUCUAGGCAGAAACUGGAGCGAGCCUCUGCCGCUGCUGAGCGCAUCGUGGCCUCUGACCCUAUCAGCAAGCUUGCCGCCUUCCAGGUGGAAGUGAAGCAGGCCAUCAGCGAGCUGAGAGGAGAGCUCCCCUCCGGGACUGAGCUGCAGAGCCAGCUGGAGCAGCUGAGAACCACCGAGUUGGAGAUGCUGAGGCAAGAGGUGGCUAGGCUCUUGUCGUCGGGUUCCAGGCUGGAGCAGAGCGUGGCCUCAUUGACCGGCUCCCUCACCAGUGCCCAGAGAAGCCUGGAAGAGAAGGCUCAUAGCCUGCAAGCCAUGCAGCAGGAAGCAGAGCACGCGAAGGUGGCUGGCGAGAGAUUGGAGAACGACAUUGGCUCCCUCUCAGCCCGGACCUUCGUCCUGGAGGGAAGCCUCAACCGCACCACGCUGCUGGCACGUGCCCUGCAGCUGCAGCUGGAGCAGAACAGCAAGGCUCUGGCUGGGCUGCAGGAAGUGGCAGCAAAUCAGAGCAGGAGCGACAGCUCUGAACCUCAGCAGCUGGAGAACCUCCGGGUGCAGAUCCAGCAGCUGAAGAUGGAGAGAUCAGCCACACAGGAGCAGGUGAAUGAGGCGCUGCACAGCAUUGCUGACCAGAGGAGAGAGCUGAAGGGCAGGAUCUCAGAGCUGGAAACAACUAUUCGUGCUCUUCAGGGCCAUGUGACUCAGGUGGAGCUGGGCAUGGUCAGUCUGAACACACAGCUCUCUGGUGCAGUGGAGCAGCAGCUGCAGGGUCUAAAGCUUGGGAUGGCCAAUCUGGAGAGCAGCCUGGGCACCAGCCUGCAGCAGUGUCUCUCAGGAGAAGUACAGACCCGCUGUGAGACUGAGGACGGCUGUGGGUGGCCGCGCGUGCGCGAGGUCAGCUUCCCGCACCGUGUCCCGACCCAGCCCGCAAUUAUGCUGGGGCUGGUGGGGCUGAGCACUCGCGGCUCCGUGGGCAUCUCGGUGAGAGCUGUGGACGUCACGGACUCUGGCUUCAAAAUACACAUCGCCAGCGUGGGCAACCAGUCCCUGACCAGUGCCAGGGUCUCUUGGAUGCUGUGUGCCUAGAUGGAAAGCUGUGAUGCGGCCCCUGGAGCAAGCAGCUGGGGCAGGGGGAGUAGGGGUUACUGAGCUGGUGGCAUCUGCUUUCCUUGGACACAACUGUGGUUUGCUUUGGUUUUCUUUAAAGUAAUUACAGCUUACAAGGAGUCCAUGUAGACGGGAUCCCAAUUAAUAGCCCUUCUCUUGGGAGCUGUGUACCCCCACGUAAUGGCAGGCUGAGCUGCCCCAGGCCUUGCCGAAGGCUCCUGGAAAGUGCAGCUGACAAGAUCUGUCUUAAACUUCCAAAUCUAAGUGCCUAAACUGAGCCCACCAGCUAUAUGCACAUGUGCAGCUGUUCGUGUGUGCGUUCAGCCACGCUGCAUCUGCAGAUGUGCGGCACACUCGCACGAAAAGAUGCACCACACGGCUAAUGGUGAGGGAAGUUGAGCACCUGGGUCUGCAAAGUUGGCCUGUAAACAUCUUUAUUUAGGGUUUUUUUGUUUUAUUAUUUUCAGUAGCAACAGUUGGAAUAUUCUCCUGCUGCCCAUUUAUGAUUCUACCCAGUGCUCUGCAUGUCAGACGUGUUUAAAACUUAUGCAGAGAUGAUGCUAAUGGCAGGAUGCAGCCAAACUACCAGAGAUGUAGGACUACCUGUGUGUGUAUUUCCAGUUGGAAUUUCCUGGCUGAGCCAGUUUCUCCUGGCACAGUGUGAGCUUGCCUAUACUGCAGAGGGCAUUGCUAGUCAGGGCUGCUCAUCCCUCGCAGAGCUAUGGCUUCUCGUACUCUGAGCCUUACCCUGGAAGAGAUGGACAGUCAUGCUAAGCUUUCUUGUGGCGUUGCAAGGUGGACUAAGACUACUAGCCUUUUCUGGACCUCUGAUCUCACCAAGUGAAACACCAGAGUGUUCAGACCGCUCCAGGUGUGCUUGCUUGUCUGCCUAAUUCUGCAGAAGGGAAGCAGCUGUAUUUUAAUGUGUACAACUCUCUCAGAAGAAGGCUUUGGAGGCUGCUAAUGGUUUGUCAAGCCUGCUGACCUAUGCCCAAUACACCUGCUGCCCUACUCUCUUUUUUCUUCUUCCCUUCCCCCCCCCCCCCAUCCCCAAUCCCCGGAAGAUGCACUGGAGCUCUCAACACAGCAGGCUCCAGGGUAGGAGAGGGGCCUGCAAAGCAGGUUAUGGGUCCACCAUGAGACACCUUGCAAAGAUGGGAGGUGUGUGCAAUGCCACCCCUGUAGUCCUAGUUUGGAGGUUGUGUGUCCGGUGGUGGUGGGUACAGAGACUCUCAGCUGGUGCUACAUAUGUACCCCAUGGAGAUGCGUGGGUCUCAAAUUGGCAGGGUUGGGGUUGAGCAUUGUGCCUUCUGUGGCUGAAGAUCAGAACACAGAGGCUGCUUCUUGUCAGAAAGAAAAUGGAGUGUUCCCCAGAUUACCAGCUGAUGUGGGAGUGGGGGUUUGGAGUGACUUCAGUUGGGUGCUAGGAUAGCUCCACUCUAGAGGCACAGAGGAGACAAUCUGCCUAAAUUGUCCUCUUCUUCUCCUCCACAUGUUCACUCUGCACUGACUGAAAGGAGGAAGGACAAUUUUGUUAAAGCACAGAACUAGGAUGUUGGAAAUCCAUGUUCUGUUCCUAUCUCUGCCACACAUUGGCAGGUGGCUUGCCCUCUGCGCCUGGCCUUUGUAAAGUACCAAGCGAUGCCUGCUGUCUGCAGGCAACCGUAGAGAUUUUUUUUUUUUCCCCUGAAAAAGCAAAUUCUGCAAACUGAAACACUGUGAUUUGGAAAUGGUGCUGCCCUGCCUUAUGGGAGCUGUAGUUCAGAUGUCUGUUCCCAUUUUCCUCUAUAGACUGCUUGGAUGCACUCUGGUAAAUUACAGUUUUGUAUGGGGAGUACAGCCUAUAAAAGAGAGGGAAUAUGAGGCUGCAUUUACCAGACAAAAUAUUUUGGGGUUUGGAUCUAUUUUUGGUGGGAAAAAUCAAAACUUUCUGUGUGCGUGAAUCUAUUUUCCAACAACCAUCUCUAGUGCCAAUUACUGUUUCUAAGCUCACUUGGUGCCAUCAGCUGGGACACAUGGCAGAUGCCUUCCCAUAAUGCCUGAGGUGUCCUGUGGGGAUCCAGAACAUUCUAGCGUUGCCUCAUCAUCUGAACAGCGCUGACAAGACUGCUGCUACCCCGGCUCACCAGGACGCUGGCUGCAGAAAAGGAGGUGGUGCACUGAAAGCUCAAGCUAAGAGUCGUAUGAUGUGGGGGGAUGGCAAAUGGCCCUUCAGCUCUUCAGGCUGUCGGAGGGCAGAGAAAGGUGCCAAAGCAGCAUGUUCUGCUCGGAGCGAGUGGGGACAUCAGAACUCCGAGGACAGGCUACAGGACACAACUAAGACUCUGAAGUGACUUCUGGCAAUGGGAUCUGGGAGCCUGAGCAGUGCCUGAUGCUGCUUCGCACCCAUGCUGAUCAUGUGUGUAUUCAGCCCUCCUCAGCAGAGGGUGUAUUGACAGUGCCUGAGGACCCCAAGGAGAAAGGGAGUGGGGGAGUGGGAUUCUGGGCAAAACAUGUAAUGCCUCCAGUGUCGGACAGGAAAUGAUGGUUUUUUCCAGUUGCUUCCAUGUGCCUAACGCAGCUGCAGACUUUCCCCUGUCCAGUGGGAAACUGCUGCUCUGCAGCCAUCCAUAGGCGAAGGAGCUGCUGCUGUUUGUUCGUGCCUGAGCUGCAGGAAUCGCGUCUGUGACUCAGCCCCGUGGAGGCCUCGAGGUUUGUGGGCUGUGUGCUUCAGCCUCUGGCACGGAGCUGGCUGCCAAUUCAGGAGGCCGCAAGUGCUGAAUUGCCAAAGUUGUUUUAGAAACCGAGCAAAUGGGCACAUACCAAAACCUCCCUCGGGUGGAUCUCUGUUGGCAGUGCGAUAUUUGGCCUCAUCCCCAGCGUGCCUUGCUCUAAACCGGUUUUCUGCUCAGGUGUGGGCUCGCAUGGCUUCAUGCAAAAUGGAAGCGCUUUCCCUGAAAUGGCGGAGUGCUGCUCUGUGGGAUGGAGUGGGGAAAAAACAUGGUGGGUCAGAACUGGGAGCGCUGUAUGCAAACCAUCAAUCCUCUCCUGGGCUUGAGAGCCUCUGGGGCCACAGCCACCCUCCUUGGCAUCAUGCUCAUCCUGCCAUAGGGUUCCCCUGCCUAAGGGUGAAGUACUUGGGCCUUUAACAAAGCAAGCCUCCCAUUCAGCUGACGGAGUUUUCCCAUUUGUGGGGAACAUGGAAUCUGGCUUAACGUUAAUUCCGAGUUGCUCUACAAUGUCCACGUAUGUAGCCUGGCUCCGAUCAGACUCCUGGCUCCUCUCGUGCUGGCGAGGCCAGCACAGCCCUUUGCUGAAGCUUUUCUGCAAGUACUGAAUAAAAAGCAGGGUAAGUCUGGUGUAGUUUUAAAACCCUCCUCUCCUAGGGCCCAGCUGGCACCUAAGAAACUAACUGGGUGGUGGUUCUUGUGCCAGGCUGGGUGUGGAGACCCUCUGGUUUUUUGGAUUGUGUUCCAUUUCCAUUUAGCCUAGGUCAGUAAAAACUAACUUGCAGGUGCAAGCAGAACCCCUAUAAGCCAGAUUUAAGCUGAUGCCAGUGCCUAUGCUCCCACCCCACACAGUCUUCCACCAGUGUAACCAUAAUGAACCAGUACAAUGGCUGGGUGUAGGCAAAUGCCAAGUUGCUUUUGGUGCAAGGCUUGUCCAUGCACAGAUCCUUCGAGGCAGCAUCUAACCCAAAAGUUAAAUGUCUCUGCAUUUGCUAUAUCUAAUGGAUGUGGGUCUGUUUCCAUUUUACAUUUAAGAGAAAACUAAAGUCACUAGCCGAAUGCAGCAGAGCUGGCUGUAUUCAAGUCCUGUGCUGUGGGAGCUGCUGCUGCAUGUACAUCAAAUUCCUCUCUCCUUCUGAGCCAGUUUUUAGCUUGUGCUUCCCAUUGGCUUUGUCUCGACUUAUGUGGCUGCAAACUGGGCCUGAGAUAGGUUAAGGGCUGAAGCCAGCCAGCCAAACAUCUUACAAUUGCCCAGCCAAGUGAAGGGCUGGGCUGCUUAGGGUGGGUCUGAUUCUGAUCUCGUACUGCCGUAUGCCAGGAACUCGGUUGUCCUCAGUGGGGGUGCUCCUGAUGUAAAGGGGUGCGAGAGGAGAAUUGACGCACACCUAGGUUCUUGUCGUGGCAGGGUUGCUGUAAGGGCCAAGUACCUAGACAUUUCUGUAUUGAAUCAGGCCUUGUAUAGUUGGGGUACAGGAGCAGGCUGAAUGUGGCUCUUGCUGAGUGCGUAAAGAGGUUGCUGUCCUACUGCUGUGUACCCGUAGUGCAAAGCUGAGCUCAGCAUUGAUAAUACCAGUUGUAUGGCCAGCAAACUGCUUCUCUUCUGAAAUAACUGCCUGCAUCGCCCUGAGUCCCCUUUGAGCCCUGCACCGAUUCAAAAUUGGUAUCCGCAUCCAGUCCACAAAAAUGAUCUGUGGAUACCUGCAGCUGCGGCUAUAAAGCAGGUAUUUGCAGGGCUUCAGAUACCACAUUUUGAUCUGCAUCCAUGCGUGAUCAGCAAAAAGGGUCCGUGGAUAUCUGCGGAUUUAAAGUGGAUAUUCACCAAUUUGCAGGGUUCUAGUCACCUUCAGCUCAUAUUGCUCCAUCUGCCUCAAAAGGCUGCCAGUUGCUAUUGCUGCCUGAUAACAGUGCUAGCCUGCGUCUUAGUUCACACUCUGCAAACUGGAUCCCUUCCCACCAUGUGUGAUUCAGGUCGCAGGUGAACUCUUAGCUUUUCAGAAUAAGCACUGCUGAAUUCAGAAAUGCAAGAACAGUGCCACUUCUUCCAAGAGGAGGAGACACCUCCACAAAUCAACCUUCCAGCUGUUCCUCUCAUCUGGAAAGGAUUUGCACGUGGCCCUUGGCUGGCUCAGUGAUGUUUCCUAGGUGGAUAGAGUUGUGCAAGCCAUUCCUGUGCCACAGACAUUAAGUAGCACUUCUCUGAUCUGUGCCCACAUGUGAGCAGGCUGUGUGCCUGCUUUUCAGCAGAGCUGGGGGUGAGAUCUGUUGUCAUGCUGUCAUCUUUAAAAUAAGAGGUGACUAGGCACUGUGCUAGAGAGAAGAGUAGCUAGAUGCCAGCUGUCAAGUGGAACUGGCAAAGGGCAUCUUGCGCUGUGUUUUUAUUGAUUUGCAUCCAUGCUACAGAGGCACACACGUUACCCUGUGACGGCUCACCUAGCUCCUGGGCCAAAUGACUGGUGGUUUUAUUUAUUUUUGUACAGUGGUGGUGGACUCUAGGGACUAGUUUUCUUCUCACUGUGAGGAAUGAGGGAAGGGAUCAUAGAUCGUGUGUGUGGGGGGCCUCAGCUGGGGUUACGACCCCUCUUUCAGCUGGGCAUAGCUGGGGAUGCUGGUGUUGCUCAUGGUCUCCUGAGUCCUCUCUUAGACAACAGGGUGAUAGGUGCAUUAUCAGUGUCUGAAAAGAGGAGCAAAAGCCUGUUACUUAUCCCAGGGUUGCCUGUAUGAGGAAUUCAUGGUCAGGUAGCCGCUUCCUGGACAUGAGCUGUGCCAGUUCUGGCAGCUCCAGACUCUGUUCUGUUCCAGGGAGAAGAGGGGAUGGUGCUGAGGUGAUAAACAAGCAGCCAGCUACAGCCUGACCUGCCCCUCAAGCAGGAACUUGCAGUGUGUCCUCAAUGGGAGAAGUAGAAAUGCAGAUUAGUGUCCCUGUGUAUGACCUCCAACCCCACAGCUGGCUUAGAGUGCUGAUAAGCCCUAGUUUUUUACUGGUGGAAGCUGGAAGUGUGGUGGGUCCCCUUGAGCCUCCUGUGCUGAGAGUUAGAUGCUAUUAGUGUUCAAAGCGGCGGCCCAGCUCCUGCUGCCCAAGCUUUCCCUUGAGGAAACCCAAACUCCCCUCCUUCCGGCCAUGCUAGCCAUAUGCACGUCCCCGUACCCAGAGGAUUAGUGUUGCCUCUUGGUUUUGGUGGCUCUGGGACAUGAUGGGAAAGUUGUAUUGUAAAUGAAUAAAUCUCAACUAGCACCUCCCCCAGUGUAAGUGCGGCUCCAAACCUGGGUCUCCAUGUCUGGGAGAGGAGAGCAGCUCUGCUGGAAGGCCCCAGAAAUAGUCCCAUUCCAAGCAAAGCCCUGCCAGGUCCCAGGAGUCCUUAAUGGAAGGUGUGAAUUCCAGGAACAGAGCCAAGUGCCUGGUUGGCCUAUAGAGUGUAACUACCUCGGCCUGUUUAAUAAGGGCUGUGAAUUGCAAGAACAUAGUGACGAGGGGCCUGGUGGCCUCUGAAACCACGGCUGGAAGUGCUAGGGGCACCAGCAGUCUGUCUAGAACUGGAGACUUAGAGUUCCCUUCUUUGCAAUGAAGGACCCCAGUCCUGCCUAUCUCUCGCCUCCCAUACACUCAUCUUCAAAAGUUUCCACCCCUUCCAACCUACUGCCCAUGGAGAUCAGCACCCCACAGCCCUGGGGGCUGUACAUAAAGCUGGGGAGAGCUACUCCCUGCUCUGAAGAGCUAACCCAGAGAAAAGGUGUGAUGGGAGGCAGGCAUAGAGAGGGGCAGUGAUUUUCCCCAAGGUCACCCAGGAGCAGAGCCAGAACUAAAACCCAAAUCUUGUGAGGCCCAGUCCACUGCUGGGUGCGUGAAGGUCCUGACAGCCAAGCUGGAGGGUGUUUCUGACUGGAGGGGGCUGUAGGCCUUCACAGCGAGAGACACUUGUGUCCUUUCCCCUGGGAUCUGAGCAACUACAGCUUUGCAGCCUUCCUCUGUCAAGGCAUCUCUCUGCACCCACAGUGAGCUUCUCCUUAGAGAUGAACCGGAGGAAUAGUGUGGUCACCUCACCCAUUGGAUUGCUGGGUUCUCUGGGGCAUCAUGGAGUCCUGGACUUACCCCUACUCCUAGGGCCUGUGCACCAACCUAGGACACCCCCAUCCUUCCUUUCAGUUCACAGAAGGAAGCAGUGAGACCACACUGGUGCCCCACAUGGGAGUGGGAGCUGCUCUGCAGGCAGAUCCACCCAUCUCCUCUCUCUUACUCUCUCCUCUGCCUCCCUGCUGAAUCACAGUCUCUGUGGGAGAUGGGCAGAGGGCCCAGAACCAUCUACCCAAAUGCCCCGAGUUCAACAGAUCAGGUAAGUGGGAACUGGAUGCAGACAAGGCCUGUGCUGAACCAAAGUCAAAGCCCAACCCACCAUCUUUGGCAAACAUUCGUAGUUUGGGUUUUGCAAUCUCCCCUCAAUCCCCUUCUGCUCUUCCUGGCUCCAUCCCUCACUCCACAGAGAUGCCUUCAUUCCAUCCCUUUCCUUAUAGACGCUCCCUUUCCUUAUAGACACUCCCUCUGUUGCCCUCUCCAGGCAUUUACCUAUCAAAAUUCCUGUGUUUCCUGGCAUGACUGAUCCCUUCAUCUUCCUGCUCCGGGAGCUGGUAGGAUUAGCCCUUCUGAGAUGCUCCCUAUGGGCACCUGGCCACUGAGCUCGCUGCAAAACAGUGUGGCCAUCUUGCUAGGCUGAUCUGGCCACUCAUCGGAGAACCUGCUGCUACUUCAUUCCAGCCUGCCUUGGCGUGGUGAGCAGUGGCCUUUGUUCCUGCCGACGACAUGGCCACGGGACCAAAGUUAACAGUGAAGCCUAAUUUACAGGCAGCUCAGCAUGCAGCUAGGGCAGAACAAAACGUGUCGGCACAGAUGGGGCAAUGCUCAGGGAGCUGCUUUCACACGGCUUAUCUAGCGACGCCUGGAAGCUGCAGCAACUCACUGGCUUAAUAACAUCAGCACAGGCCAAAGCUGCCUGUAAUGUAGGAAUACAUGUUUGGGGGCAGGGAGCUUUCCUAUUAAUUCUGCAGCAAACAAAGCAAAUCACAGAGCUGGGUACCUGGGUUCAGAAAUGAGGAGAGGUGUGGAUGAAGCAGUGCUUGGGUUCCUGUGCCGGGGCACCUGGGAGAGGAGGGUGGGAUGUGACCACUUCAGGAAUGCCAGCAGAGAGCAUGACCCAGGAGGCACAGAGGCUACUACACCGGCACAUGUUCAUGGCUCUGUGUUGCUUUGCUGCACGUUCAGUGGUUUAAGACAGUGUUCAUCAUACAGAUUGCAUGGUUAUGUCCAGACAGCAGGGAAACUUGGCUGUGACUAAGGUGCAGGAUAGCCUGAGAUUGAUCCCACAGCAACGUCCAGCCACCACAAAAACCCAGCUCUGACGAAUGUCCAGCGUCUCCUAGACCUAGUGCACGGCGAACAUCAGGCACUACGGAAGCAAUGCGGAGCUGAUUGCACAACUCAAUGCCGAAUGCAAGCUCAGCAUGAUGGCCUGCACUGAUCAAACCACAGCGUGUAGGCACUAUGCAAGCUCAGCUCUGCUGAAUGGGGGGAGCAUCCCGAAAAGCAAUUGCA